AUGCUGGUGGGUGGUAGAGUUAGUGGGGGUAGUGAUGAUGACAGAAGUGGUGACAGUGGUGGAGGUGGCCCUGGAAGUGGAGGUAGAGGUGGUGAUGGAGCAGCUGACGGAGGAAGUCAUGGUGGAGGUAGUAGUAUUGGUAGUGGAAGUGGAGGUGUUGCUGGAGUUGGUGGAGGUUGUAAUGGAGAUAAUGGGGGUGGUGAUGGUGGUGGUGGAGGCAGGGAUAGAGAUGGUGCUGGUAGAGGAAGUAGAGGUGGUUUGGGAGAAAAUGGUGUAGGUGGAGGAGGUGACAAUAGUGGAGUUCAUGGAAGCAGAGGUGGUAGUGGUGAAAGUAGAGUGAAACAUUAA